GACGUACAAUCUACUCUAUAAAUGAUUAUAAAGCCCUUCGUAGCAUCAUGCUCCAAUUGCGCUAAACACUACACCAAUUCCAUCUCUCUAAUUUCCUCCAACUUCUUUUCCAAGUUUUAUUCUUUGCUUUUUUUUUUUUAACAAGUUGUAUCAUCUCCAAGCAAGAUAGAGAUGCUGGUUUGUUCGAGUUAUUUUCUUUAGUCGCCAUUUCCAACUUGAUCAAACCUCAUAUUCUGAUUUUUUUUUUUUUUUUUUUUUUUUUUUUUUUUUUUUUUUUUUUUUUUUUGUAUAUUCCAUAAUGGUGUUUAAGAAGAAGAAAAUCCUAGACAACGAACCAAAUUUGGUUAAACUUAAAUAUGUGAAGCUUGGUUACCACUACUUGGUCUCCAACGCCAUGUAUCUCAUUCUUGUGCCACUCACAAUAGCUUCUGCUCAUCUUUCCGUCGAUGAUUUUGUCCAUUUGUUCAACAACCUUAAGCUCAAUCUCAUGUCAGUUACAGUAUGCACCGCUCUUACGGUUUUACUUGCAACCCUUCACUUCUUGGGUCGUCCUAAACAAGUUUACUUGUUGAAUUUCUCAUGUUACAAACCCGAGCCAGGUCUAAUGUGCAGCCUAGAAGCUUUCAUGAAAAGAUCUGAGCUUAGUAGGAGUUUCUCCGAAGAAAGUUUAGCGUUUCAAAAGAAAAUUUUGGAGAAGUCAGGGUAUGGUCCAAAGACAUAUGCCUCCCAAUCACUGUUAGAUGUUCCAAUGAACUUGACUAUUGAGGAAGCGAGGAAGGAGGCAGAGAUGGUGAUGUUUGGAGCAGUUGAUGAUUUGUUAGCAAAAACAAGGGUAAAUGUUAAGGAUAUAGGGAUUCUUAUUGUGAAUUGUAGUGUGUUCAAUCCAACACCAUCCUUAUCAGCCAUGGUUGUGAACCGCUACAAGCUCAGAGGGAAUGUUUUGAGCUAUAACCUUGGUGGGAUGGGCUGCAGUGCUGGAGUUAUUUCUGUGGACCUGGCCAAACAGUUGUUACAGGUACAGCCUAACUGCUAUGCAUUAGUAGUGAGCAUGGAAAGCAUGACUCUCAACUGGUAUAGUGGCAAUAACCGCUCAAUGCUCAUCACAAACUGUCUGUUCCGCAUGGGUGCAGCAGCAAUCCUCUUAUCAAACCGAUCCUCUGAUCGCCGCCAUUCAAAAUACCGACUCAUUCAUACUGUACGCACCCACAAAGGCGCAGAUGAUAAAUGUUACAACUGUGUCAUUCAGAAGGAAGACACAGAAAAACGACUUGGCAUUGCACUCUCCAAAGAUUUAUUGACAGUAGCUGGUGAUGCCCUUAAAACCAACAUCACAACAUUAGGGCCAUUAGUCUUACCCCUAUCUGAGCAAAUCCUAUUUUUUCUGAACUUAGUAGGAAGAAAGAUAUUUAAAAUGAAGACGAAACAAUAUGUUCCCGAUUUUAAGUUGGCAUUCGAGCACUUUUGUAUACAUACAGGAGGGAAAGCGGUUUUAGAUGAAAUAGAGAAGAACCUUAAACUGAGCAAGUGGCAUAUGGAGCCCUCAAGAAUGACUCUUUAUAGGUUUGGAAACACUUCUAGUAGUUCCUUAUGGUAUGAAUUGGCUUAUGCUGAGGCCAAAGGGAGGAUCAAGAAAGGAGAUCGGGUAUGGCAAAUUGCGUUUGGGUCAGGAUUUAAGUGUAACAGUGUUGUGUGGCAUGCAUUGCAAACCAUCAAUCCAACGUAUGAGAAGUAUAAUCCUUGGAUGGAUGAGAUUGAUAACUUUCCCGUUAAUGUGCCUUAAGUGGCAUCUAUUGUUUCUUGAAGCUUCUCCUAGGAAGAAAAACAUGCAUGAAUGAAUGUGUGUUCUUCCUCGUCAGAAGAAUUUGCAUGCUCCUCAUCUAUUAAACAUAAAAAUAUAUGUCUUUUACUUUUAACAGUAACCAUAAAUAUAUAUCUAUGUAUUAGGUUUUUAUGUAUAAAAGUGAAAUUAUAUUAAUGCUUUUA